CACAAUACAAUUAUUAUACUACAUGUAGAGUUUAGAAAGAAUGAUUAAGAUCCAUGUUUCAUGUACAGCGCCGACAAUAACUCAUCCUAUUUCUAACUCCAAAAUAAUGAAGGGACCAGAAUACUUCUUACCUACUUUCCUUUAAUUCACCUUAAUUAAUACUCACAAGAACUAACUAAACUCCCUCACUUUCCUAAUCAAAAACAUUAAUCUACUUCUUGUUUUCACAUAAUUCUAGUUCUUUGUUUUCUUCAUUUAUGUUUGUUUGUUUGUUUGUUGUUGUAUGUAUGAUGAGUGUGUUUGUGAUUGAAUUAUCAUGAUGAGAAGGAUACAUGGUGGAAGGAAUGGAGGAAUUGCCAGGGGCCUUAGGAACCAGUUCUAGUUUUGCUCUGAGAUUGGGACAAACCGUUUUUUCAUCUGCUUCCCUUUGUUACAUGUGUUUGGGUGUUGAUUUCUAUGGUUAUUCUGCUUUCUGCUUUUUGGUAAUGGUGAUGGGUUUGGUAAUUUCGUGGAGCACAACAUUAUUGAUGGUAGACGCAUAUUCGAUCUUUAUCAAAAAAGUACCGAAGCAACCAAGAUUCAUUUUUACGAUCACAGUGGGCGACAUGGUUUUGUCAUAUCUGUUAUUAGCUGCAGCAUGUUCAACUGCUAGUGUGACAGAUUUGUUGAAGAGUGCUGAUAAAUCGUAUUGUCCAGAUAAUUUAUGUAGUAGAUACCAAAUAUCUGCUGUCAUGGCCAUUUUGUCUUGGUUCCUUUCAUCAGCUUCUUGUCUAAUUAACUUUUGGAUUUUUCCAUCUCUGUGAAAUUUGUUUCUUUCUUACUUUUGAUGUGUAUAGGAAUGAUAAGAGUUCAAAUGGCGAAGUCAUUUGUUGUUCUGAUAUUUUUUGUUUCCAUUAGAAUAAAGUUAUUAUAUUAUAGCUUACAUGUAAUAAUUACUUUUGUAAUUGAAAAGAAAAAUGAAAAUUCUAUUUAUUGUCCUCAACUCUUUUCCAAUGAUCGAUAAAAGAAAAGGGUGAAUGAGUUAUAAGGGAUUUGCAGUAGUGGGAAAAGAAGAGCGAAACAGUAAUACCUAGAGAGAAAAACUAGGCAGGAUAUUGCAACAAGUCGAGUAACCGGAAGAAUUUCAACACUCUUUAAAUUUAAAUAUAAAGAUUUAAAGAAAAUAAAAUUAGAGUUAGAUUCAUACAUUUAUUAAUAUGUUUAAUAUUUAAUGGGCCACCUGCUAUUAGAUUUCUGACAUCAGGUCACCCAUCAUUUAUUUUUACGCUUCAUAUAUCAAGUUCUGGGCAUGAGUGAGAAUGAAUGUGUUAAGAUCUCAUAUCGCAUAAUAUAUUGUUCGAACAUGUCUUCAUAAGUGGGGAUGCCGGUUUUGUAAGGAUGGGUUAUGUCAAACUUUAAUUCUAUCAUGAUAUCACAAGCCAAUCGAUUCAGGUCAUCCACCAUUUAUAUGCGCACCAAACCCAAUACUGUUGACUGCAAGGGGGUGUAUUGGAAAAACUAAGUCCCACGUAUCUAUAAUCCGGGCCACCUAUCAUUUAUAUCCAUGCACCAAACCCAAUAGUGUUGGGCGUGAGGGGGAUGUAUUGGAAAAAACCUAUGUGUAGGGUUGAGUUAGACAUAACCACAUUUCUUAAUAUCUUGUC